AUGCCGCUGCAGGAUGACACCCUCCGAGAAGUGUGGGCCUCGGACAGCGGGCCUGAGGAGGAAAGCAGGAGCCCAGAGGUCCAGAGGCGCCCAAAGCAGCGGCCCGCCCAGGGACAGAAGUCGAGGAAGAAGAGAACAGAGGAUCCAGAGGAUCCCGGCCCCCUGGGAUUCAAACCCGAGAGACCUGGAGCCGCAAGGCGGCGGCAGACGCGGGAGGUGCCCGCCUCUGAACCAGCAGACGCCGGGGCUCAGCACACGCUCUACACCAAGUUCCUCAGGGACCCCGAAGCUAAGAAGCAGGAUCCCUGGGAAACUUUCCUGGUAUCCCGUGCCCCUGACGCAUUAGAAGAGGAUGUCAGUGAAGAAAAGGAGGACAAUGAGGAGGAGGAGAAAGAUGAGGAAGAAAAAAAGGAAGAGAAAAUCCCUCUGCCUCCCAAGAAGCCCCCUAAAGAGAAGGCUUCUGCAGACACCAAGGAGAGGAGGGCCAAGGCCCAGGGUCUAAAGGGGGCCUUGGGAAGUCCUGUCUCCCCACAGAAACCUGUUCGCAUUAAGAAGGAGGCCCUAGCAGGAGAAGGGACCAAAAUGAGAAAGACAAAGCAGAAAGAGCCUGUCGAGGCUGACGAGGACCUGUCAGUGAACCCUGCCAGAGUGAGGAAGAAGAUCCCAGCCGCCAUGUUUCUGGUUGGGGAAGGUCGCCCAGCUGAGAAAACUUGGAAGAAGGAAGGUACUUUCAAAGGUCCAGAAGAAGACAGGACAGAGGAAGAAAACGAGGAGGAGGAAGUGGCAGCUGUGUUGACCAGGAACAGUAAUAGGAAAGGAAAAGGCAAAAAGAAACUGAAGGAAGAAAGGGCCCUUUCCACACCUUUGGAGGUGGAUGAACCUGGAGAAUUUGUGCUGUUGCCUGCCCCCCAGGGGCAUACAGUGCGCUGCCGGCUGACCCGAGACAAGAAGGGGAUGGAUCGAGGCCUCUAUCCCUCCUAUUUUCUUCACCUAGACAUGAAGAAGAAGGUGUUUCUCUUGGCUGGAAGAAAAAGGAAACGGAGCAAAACGGCUAAUUACCUCAUCUCCAGUGACCCUACCAACCUGUCCCGAGGAGGAGAGAAUUUCAUUGGGAAGUUGAGGUCUAACCUCUUGGGGAACCGCUUCACAGUCUUUGACAAUGGACAGAACCCAAGCCAUGUAGGAGGAAGUGCUGACGUGGGGAGCCUGCGUGAGGAGCUGGCAGCUGUGAUCUAUGAAACCAACGUGCUGGGCUUCCGUGGUCCCCGGCGUAUGACUGUCAUCAUUCCAGGCAUGAAUGCGGACAAUGAGAGGGUCCCCAUCCGGCCCCGAAAUGCCAGCGAUGGACUGCUGGUACGUUGGCAGAAUAAGACAUUGGAAAGUCUCAUAAAGCUGUACAACAAACCACCUGUCUGGAAUGAGGACAGUGGCUCGUACACCCUCAACUUCCAAGGUCGGGUCACCCAGGCCUCGGUCAAGAACUUCCAGAUUGUCCAUGCUGAUGACCCUGACUACAUCGUGCUGCAAUUUGGCCGCGUGGCGGAGGACUCCUUUACCCUGGACUACCGGUAUCCGCUCUGCGCCCUACAGGCCUUCGCCAUAGCUCUCUCCAGCUUCGACGGGAAGCUAGCCUGCGAGUGA